AUGACUGGGUCAGAGGCGGCGAGUUCAGGUAACCUUGUGUUUGGUUGUUGUGUGAUAUCUGGCAAGUCCUGUUGUGUUCUUUUUGAUUUCGGAGCGACACACUCUUUUGUGUCAGAGUCUUGUGUGCGGGAGUUGAGUCUGCCGGUGUGUGAACUACCGUUCGACCUCGUGGUAUCUACCCUGGCAUCUGGGUUGAUUAGGACUUCCUCUGUGUGUUCUAGAUGUCCAGUUGAGGUAGAGGGGCGCGUAUACAAAGUCAAUCUCGUAUGCCUCCCUCUGCAAGGGCUUGAUGUGAUAUUGGGAAUGGAUUGGCUCUCUGCCAAUCAUGUGCUCAUAGACUGUCGGAAGAAGAAGCUGUUGUUCUCUAACUCAGAGGAGCCUGAGUUGUUGUCUUCCCAUGGGGUAAUGAAGGAAAUUCAGAGUGGCGCAUAG